ACAAAUCUACAAUAGGAGUUUUUGGGACUCAGCGAUAUUCUCAAAGAUCCUGCGUAACUUCGGAGGUCGUAUUCGUCUUGUUUUGGUAACGGGUGCUCCCAUUGCUCCCUCCAUUCUACGUUUCACACGGGCAGUAUUCUCGUGUCCAGUCCUUGAGGGAUAUGGUUGCACAGAGACAUGUGGCCCUGUGUCGGCAUCGGUUGCUGGUGACCUGAAUGGCAGCCAUGUUGGAGCGCCCUGGCCACAUGCAGAAAUUAAAUUGACCGACGUCCCAGACAUGGGCCUCGUAGCUGCAAGAGACAACAGAGGAGAGAUUUGUGUCCGGAGUACUUCGUGCAUAAGUGGCUAUUACAAGAACCCUGAGAUGACUGCCAAGUUAAAAGACAAGGAUGGGUGGCUACAUACUGGUGAUGAGGGAUGUCUGAAGGUGGUCGAUCGCUGCAAGAACAUUUUUAAACUAGCCCAAGGCGAGUACAUUGCUCCAGAGAAAUUGGAACUCGUCUAUCAACAGAGCGCAUUAAUCAGCCAGAUCUUUGUCGACGGCGACGCACACAGCACUUUUCCUGUUGCCUUGGUUGUUCCUGAAGUUGAACCACUUUUUAAGGCCCUCUCCAACCAUUCUCCAAAAAGUCCUCAUGAAACUAUCGUAAUUGCUCAAAACAAACCAUCAUUGGAGGAUAUUUGUGCUGACCCCAGAGCUAAAAAGCUAGUAAUGGCGGAUUUAAAGAGUCUUUCCGAGGCUGCAAAUUUCAUGGGAUUUGAAAAGGUGAAGAAUAUCAAAUUGAUAGCAGAGCCCUUCAGUAUCGACAACUCGAUGCUAACUCCGACACAGAAGGUUGCUCGACCUGCGGUUCGAAAGCGGUAUGCCGAGGAACUGAUCAACCUCUAUCAAGAACACAUAGCGGUUUAA